CUCUCCCCCGCGCCGCCUGACGGCCCCGGCCCUCGCUUCACCCCGACGCCCCGGCGUGCGCGUCCUCCCGCCGGCCUGCAGGCCCGGGGCCUCCGCCUGCUUCCCCGCCGCUGCUCCUCGCGGCCCCGUCUCGCGUUCACGCUGUCGCCCGGGCCGGCGCGGCCGCGGGCAACCGCUCCCCCUCCCACACCUACCCCGCCCCCUCCCCGCCUUUUCCGCCCUCCCGUCCCCCUCCCUCGGCCCGCCGCCGCUGCUCCAGAUGAGGUGAUGGCAACGGCCAACUUCGGCAAGAUACAGAUCGGGAUUUACGUGGAGAUCAAGCGGAGCGAUGGCCGAAUACAUCAAGCAAUGGUAACAUCUUUAAAUGAAGAUAAUGAAAGUGUAACUGUUGAAUGGAUAGAAAAUGGAGAUACAAAAGGCAAAGAGAUUGAUCUCGAGAGCAUCUUUUCACUUAACCCUGACCUUGUACCUGAUGAAGAAAUUGAACCCAGUCCAGAAACACCUCCACCUCCAGCAUCCUCAGCCAAAGUAAACAAAAUUGUAAAGAAUCGACGGACUGUGGCUUCUAUUAAGAAUGACCCUCCUCCAAGAGAUAACAGAGUGGUUGGUUCUGCACGUGCACGGCCUAGUCAGCUUCCUGAGCAGUCUUCCUCCGCACAACAGAAUGGUAGUGUUUCAGAUAUAUCUCCAGUUCAAGCUGCAAAAAAGGAAUUUGGACCCCCUUCACGUAGAAAAUCUAAUUGUGUGAAAGAAGUAGAAAAAUUACAAGAAAAACGAGAAAAAAGGAGACUACAGCAGCAAGAACUUAGAGAAAAAAGAGCCCAGGAUGUUGAUGCUACAAACCCAAAUUAUGAAAUUAUGUGUAUGAUCAGAGAUUUUAGAGGAAGUUUGGAUUAUAGACCAUUAACAACAGCAGAUCCUAUUGAUGAACAUAGAAUAUGUGUUUGUGUAAGAAAACGACCACUCAAUAAAAAAGAAACUCAAAUGAAAGAUCUUGAUGUAAUCACAAUCCCUAGUAAAGAUGUUGUGAUGGUACAUGAACCAAAACAAAAAGUAGAUUUAACAAGGUACCUAGAAAACCAAACAUUUCGUUUUGAUUAUGCCUUUGAUGACUCAGCUCCUAAUGAAAUGGUUUACAGGUUUACAGCUAGACCACUAGUUGAAACUAUAUUCGAAAGGGGAAUGGCUACAUGCUUUGCUUAUGGGCAGACUGGAAGUGGAAAAACUCAUACUAUGGGAGGUGACUUUUCAGGAAAGAACCAAGAUUGUUCUAAAGGAAUUUAUGCGUUAGCAGCUCGAGAUGUCUUUUUAAUGUUAAAGAAGCCAAACUAUAAGAAAUUAGAACUUCAAGUAUAUGCAACCUUUUUUGAAAUUUACAGUGGAAAGGUGUUUGACUUGCUAAACAGGAAAACAAAAUUAAGAGUGCUGGAAGAUGGAAAACAGCAGGUUCAAGUGGUGGGAUUACAGGAACGGGAAGUCAAAUGUGUUGAAGACGUACUGAAACUUAUUGACAUAGGCAAUAGUUGCAGGACAUCCGGUCAAACAUCUGCAAAUGCACAUUCAUCUCGGAGCCAUGCAGUGUUUCAGAUCAUUCUUAGAAGGAAAGGAAAACUACAUGGCAAAUUUUCUCUCAUUGACUUGGCUGGAAAUGAACGAGGAGCUGAUACUUCCAGUGCAGACAGGCAAACCAGGCUUGAAGGUGCUGAAAUUAAUAAAAGCCUUUUAGCACUCAAGGAGUGCAUCAGAGCCUUAGGUAGAAAUAAACCUCAUACUCCUUUCAGAGCAAGUAAACUCACUCAGGUGUUAAGAGAUUCAUUCAUAGGUGAAAAUUCUCGUACCUGCAUGAUUGCCACAAUCUCUCCAGGAAUGGCAUCUUGUGAAAAUACUCUUAAUACAUUAAGAUAUGCAAAUAGGGUGAAAGAAUUGACUGUGGAUCCAACUGCUGCUGGUGAUGUCCGUCCAAUAAUGCACCAUCCACCCAAUCAGAUUGAUGACUUAGAGGCACAGUGGGGUGUAGGGAGUUCCCCUCAGAGAGAUGAUCUAAAACUUCUUUGUGAGCAAAAUGAAGAAGAGGUUUCCCCCCAAUUGUUUACUUUCCACGAAGCCGUCUCACAAAUGGUAGAAAUGGAAGAACAAGUUGUAGAAGAUCACAGGGCAGUGUUCCAGGAAUCUAUUCGAUGGUUAGAAGAUGAAAAGGCUCUCCUAGAGAUGACUGAAGAAGUAGAUUAUGAUGUAGAUUCAUAUGCUACUCAACUUGAAGCUAUUCUUGAGCAAAAAAUAGACAUUUUAACUGAGCUGCGGGAUAAAGUGAAAUCUUUUCGUGCAGCUCUACAAGAAGAAGAACAGGCCAGCAAGCAAAUCAACCCGAAGAGACCCCGUGCCCUUUAAAUCAGCCUUUGCUGCUAGAGGAUCCCCAGAACCCACAUUACUGUAACAUACAGUGGUUCAGCUGUUAAGGGCCAUUUGAAAGUUUGAAAUUUUAAGUGUCUGUGGAAAAUGUCUUGUCCCUUCACCUGAAUGACAUUUCAAUUUUGUGAAACACUCCUUUGUCUACAAAAUGCUUCUAGUCCACGAGGCACAACCAAGAUUGGGAAUAGUGAAGCAUUUUGUUUCAUUUACCCAAACAGUGAUUUACUUUUGGAGAUCCUUGCCAAUUUUAUUUUCUGUAUGAUGAAGUGAGAUUGUGGACUUGAUCCAGAGGUGAAUAGUAGGGGGAAGCCACAGCAUUUCCUUUU